GAACAACAACACAGGGUGACCAAAAUCUGAAGAUAAUAAUCUGGACAAAGCGACACAUCCAUUUUUAUCCCCUGAAACAUUUCUCUUUUUUUUUUCCUUCCUAAACGGUAAGCUACUCUGAUAAGAUGGCGGAGAAGUUAAUGGUGAAAGAUGAGGAAUCUCCUAAAAAUCAAACAAAACCUCAGAAAGAGUACGAUUUCGACGAUCUCACACGACUGGCCGGCGGUUUUGGCAGAUAUCAAGUGGGCUUAUUCGCCUUCAUGUACUAUCUGUCCCUUCCAGCAGGGGCGCAGAACCUUGUCCAAGUGUUUUACGGUGCUACGCCUGGAUAUGAGUGCAUAAAAUAUGAGGAGAAUGGCAUGAACAGCUCGUGUCCCCCAGACCAGUGUUGUGCUAAUUGCACCAGUUACACAUAUCAUGGCGAGUUUACGAGUGCAGUCACACAGUGGGAUUUGAUCUGUAACCGUGCCCACCUAAAAGCCUUAACUCAGGCGAUGUAUAUGGCUGGCCUGCUGGUCGGUUCUUUAGUGUUUAGUGCUGUUUCUGAUAGAUUUGGAAGAAGAAUUGGUGUCUUCAUCAGUAUAGCUCUUCUGGCAGUGUGUGGAACAACAUCAGGUUUCUCCAACUGUCUUUCCCUCUUCAUCCUCCUCCGCUUUGUCACUGGGAUGGCUAAUGCAGGCUGCUUGCUUGUCCGUUAUGUCUUCUGCAUGGAACUCAUUUCCAUCAAUCACCGUACUGCUGUUGGCUUUCUCACCAACAUCUUUGUCAGCCUUGGGUUUGAUAUGCUUUCUCUGUUGGCAUACCUCAUACGGGAUUACCAGUAUCUACUAUUAGCUGUUUCUCUACCUGCUGCACCUUUGGUUUUGUUUUGGGGGGUUAUUCCUGAAACUCCUCGAUGGCUAAUUGCACAGAAUCGUCUAGAUGAAGCACAUAAACUUCUUAUGGACUUUGCCUCAAAAAACCAAGUGUCAGUAGACCCCGCCCACCUCCAUCACGUCAUCCAAGUAGUAAAAACGGCAGAGCUACGUAAGGAUAUGACCCAAAAAUAUGGCUUCUUGGAUUUACUUCGCACACAAAAACUGAGAAAAAGGACCCUGAUUAUGGGCUUUAAUUGGUUUGUAAACGCUGUUGUCUUCUUCGGCCUUAAUCUGAAUGUUAAGAAUCUUGGUGGAAACAUGUAUCUUAACUUCUUCAUCAUGUGCAUCAUAGAGAUUCCUGGGGCACUCAUCUGCUGGUUCCUUAUUGGACGAUAUGGUCGUCGAGUGCCAUAUGCAGCGUUCGAAAUCAUCGGUGGUACAGCGUGCAUGCUGGUACUGGCAUUUCCUAAAACUCACAUCGCUGCCAUCACCACACUCGCUAUGAUCGGUAAAGUCUCUGUCAGUAACAAUUUUAUGACGUCGUACGUGUUCACCGUGGAGCUGUACCCCACCAUUAUAAGGAAUAUUGGUCUUGGAGUUGCUUCCACGAUGGCCAGGGUCGGUGGUAUCGUUGCUCCCUACUUCGUUCUUAUGGGGGAGCUCCCAGACGUGGAUAACACCGUUCCCAUGGUGAUAUUCGGGGUUCUUGGUCUUGCUGCUGGUGUGGCGGUGCUGUUUCUACCGGAAACUCACUUCUCGCCCAUGCCCCAGACCGUGGAGCAGGUGGAGGAGUGGGACGAGGAUUACCAUAUUUGUGGCUGGAAUAAGCCACUGGGAACACAUAAGAGAGACGAAGUUCAGAUCGCCCUGCAGGAUGGUGUCGGGAGAUUCUCCGCUGAGCCUUGCUAAACAAGAAAAAGAGCUCCAUACGUAUUCAUAGGACUUAUUUAAGUAAAAAAAACGCAUUGCAAAUGCUAAAACUGCUUUCACAUCCUGUGACAGUGCAUGACUAAAAGCGGACGAUAUGUUUCUUCUUAGGGGAAUGCCCCCCCCCCCCCCUAGCUCCCUCAAUAGCUUUCUGGCUUAUGGUUAUAACUGUCUAUUUAUUUGAGCUAAAUCCCGGGGGGGGGACUCUCCAGAAAAGUAGACGCAGGUGAUUGUCCAAUGUUUAGGCUAUCAAAUCUAGACCAACUGCUAUCCCUUAAGGUUUGUGGGAUCUCUUAGGGUAUCAAAUCUAGACCAACUGCUAUCCCUUAAGGUUUGUGGGAUCUCUUAGGCUGUCAAAUCUAGACCAACUGCUAUCCCUUAAGGUUUGUGGGAUCUCUUAGGCUAUCAAAUCUAGACCAACUGCUAUCCCUUAAGGUUUGUGGGAUCUCUUAGGCUAUCAAAUCUAGACCAACUGUUAUCCCUUAAGGUUUGUGGGAUCUCUUAGGGUAUCAAAUCUAGACCAACUGCUAUCCCUUAAGGUUUGUGGGAUCUCUUAGGCUGUCAAAUCUAGACCAACUGCUAUCCCUUAAGGUUUGUGGGAUCUCUUAGGCUAUCAAAUCUAGACCAACUGCUAUCCCUUAAGGUUUGUGGGAUCUCUUAGGCUAUCAAAUCUAGACCAACUGUUAUCCCUUAAGGUUUGUGGGAUCUCUUAGGGUAUCAAAUCUAGACCAACUGCUAUCCCUUAAGUUUGUGGGAUCUCUUAGGCUAUCAAAUCUAGACCAACUGCUAUCCCUUAAGGUUUGUGGGAUCUCUUAGGCUAUCAAAUCUAGACCAACUGCUAUCCCUUAAGGUUUGUGGGAUCUCUUAGGCUGUCAAAUCUAGACCAACUGCUAUCCCUUAAGGUUUGUGGGAUCUCUUAGGCUAUCAAAUCUAGACCAACUGCUAUCCCUUAAGGUUUGUGGGAUCUCUUAGGCUAUCAAAUCUAGACCAACUGCUAUCCCUUAAGGUUUGUGGGAUCUCUUAGGGUAAAAAAUUAGACCAACUGAUAUUCCUUAGGGGGUGUUUAACGGUUUUUUUUUUUUUUCGAUUCUGCUAUCUCUAGGGUUAAAAUUACUUCGACCACACCCAAUUUGCUAUCUCUUAGGAGUAAGAGUUUCCGUUGACUACACCCAAAGUGUUACCCCCCCUUUUGGUUAAAAUUGAGUUAGACUACAAUAUACUCGACGAUCAGCCCCUUCUGUUUUUAUCGAAUCCCCCCCGGAACUAUGUGUAGGCCAAAGGUCACCCACCCUUCCAUUUUGUAUAACAAAAUAUUGGUUUAUAUGUGAUAUUUUUAUAUAUUAUGGUACACCAAAAACUGGUAAUCGACUAUGCCAAAUCUUCGUCUUUAAUAAGACUUCUUCAGUUUGCCCUGAAAAGUCUUAUUAAAGACGAAAAUGUGGCAGAGUUGACUACCAGUUUUUUGUGUAUUGUAUUUAUUCUUCUGAUUCACGAACACGACAAUUUGUGCUUUUUGUAUUUAUUUAUAUAUUAUGGAGUAUUCUGUAAAUGUUAUAAUAAAUACAAAAGAAUAAAUAGACCAGAAUAAAUACAAUGCACCAAAAACUGGUAUUCGACUCUGCCAAAUAAUUUUCGUCUUUAAUAAGACUUCUUCGGGGCAGACUGAAGAAGGUGGAUUGUUACAAGCUUAUUUACAUCAGAAUGGUGGCGCGAGACGUAAAAACAUUAUUUGCGUCUCGCGACACUAUCCGAAAAUUUGUCGAAUAGCAGUUUUUUGUGCAUUCUAUAAAUAUUAUAAUAUAUAAUUAAAAAAAGCUUUUUAUCAUA